CGCACCCCACCCAAAGGUCACGGGCGCACUGGCACGGCCUCAGACCAAACCAAACCAGAACGAAGAGCCGGAGAAGAGAGCACCAAAACGCUCCGUGGCGAGAAGAGAGCGCGAGAGGGGGGAAAAUGGGGGAGAUGCAAGUGCAACCACGCGCGUGUCUCGCCGCGUCUGCGUUGCUGCUCUGCUCCCUCUUCUUCGUGCAGCCGUCGCAGGCCUUCUUCGGCGCGGAGAAGGCGCCCGUGGCCAGGGGCGUCGUGGUGCCGGACUACUCCCCGCGGCCGCCACCCACGCCGGUGGCCGGCUCUGACGACUACAUGCCGAGGCUGCCGUCGGAGGGCGCGCCGUCCGGCGGCAAUGCGGCCGCGCCGGCGCCGGCUCCUGCCGGGACGAGCACCGCCUUCAUCAGCAGCAACCCCGCGGCGCCGCUCCCGGCCGGCGUCACCGACUCCGCAACCGUCCUUCCCAUGCCCACCCCUGGACAAGAGCAACGGCAGGACGUGGGGAUGGGCGCCCUGCUUCAGGCCAGGACGGUGCCGCUGCUCGUUCCGCUCGCAAUGAUGCUCUCCUUUUGGGCGCUCUAGUUGAAGCUGUAGUUUUAUUUUCCUCGUUUGACUGAUGAAUCCGUCCAUUAAUUGUCAGUAUAUUUGCCUGUAAUCAGCAAUGCCCUCUCUCUAGUCUGUUGAUCUGUUCCAAGCUCUAACCAUCUGUAAACACGGUCACCCCUGCUUAAUUAGUGCUUGCUUCUUAA